AUGAAAGUUAAUAUCCCUAUGUUGACAACCAGCCAAUUGGACCCAUCUGAUACAUACUACACUGGUGCAUGUAACCGUGGCAACACUUCUGAAGGUCAGCAGCAGAAGCAACCAUCCUCCUGCUAUUGUCCACAGGAAGCAGCUGAGCAGUGUGGAGAUGGUAUUGACUUGGCCAGCUGUUCUUAUCUUAAUAUCAAUGAGACUGACGUCACUUCAAGACUGGCGUCCCAGGCUCUGUUCCCACUCAAGUGUUUGAAGCUGCCCUACGAGUACAAGACAUUUCCCUUGUUCCAGUAUAACUCUACAUACAAUCCUGGGGUGAUUGACAUUUCACAGCCAUCACCAACUGGCACCUCUUUCAGUGACUACCGAAGUCAGUGUCAGUUCAAUUUGGCAUCUGAUGUGUCACCCUAUGAUUUGGUGAAGAAAUGUAGGGAUGUAUUUGGGGUCAGAAUGGAGAAUGUCAUCUCUUCAUGUGCUCUGGAUUUAUAUAUGUCCUAUGACUUUUCGUGGAUAAAAGCGGGAGUACAAAGCAUCAAAGUUCAGUGUCAGCUGCAGCUUGAGCGGAACUCUUCAUGGUGGGAGGGCAAUCCUCCAACUCUACCUCAGGAUUAUACUGAUGUGUUGUGUCUGGCCAAUUGUGGAGGUGCUGGCAAAUGCAGCAAAGGUGUCUGCUUGUGUCAAGCCAAUUAUGGUGGCAGUGACUGUUUCGUGAAUGUGAUCCUGUUGACAAAUGCUUCGGGUACCUAUGACAUCGAUGGUUCGUUGAAGCGGUCUAACGCCACAUUCCUGACUGUCAACGAACUGUCUUGCCCCAUACCAGAAAGUGGAACCUACCAGGUCCAGAUCAGCAAUAAUAAAAAUGUGUUCAGCAGUUCAGCAUACCUUUUUGUCUAUGACUCAUUGUGCUUUGAGUGUAAUGUCAAGAACCAGACGUGCAUCCAGAAGAAAACGGCUUGCCUUAUUGAUGGCGUCUGCUAUGAGAACAGAGAAUACAACCCUUCGUCAGCAUGGCAAUAUUGUGACCCCUCAGUUAAUACAAGUUCUUGGCAAACAGCAAAUGAUUCUUGCCAAGGUUUGGAGUUAUUAUGGCUGGAACAUGAAGGCCACCUGUCUGGAGGAGAGUUACCAGGAGCUGGAGAUAAAGAAGCUUGCAAGCGCAGAUGUCUCAACAUGUUCAGGGACGGUACUGGUCAGUGCUACUCUAUCGAUUUCAACUCAACCAGCAGCAGCUGCAGUUACCACACAUUAGAUGAGAGAAUCACUGCCGACAACCUCAUCAGGGACAACCAGGUCUCAAACCUGGAGUGGAUCUGUGAAAACAAUCCAUGUGGCCGGAAGAAUUUGACCUGGAUUCGUAGGCCAGGAUUUGCCAUUAUUACAACUGGGGGAAGGCAGAUCAUGGGAAUCAGGUCAAGUGUAGAGUGCCGGAAACUUUGCCUGCAAGAGAAAUCCUUCUUGUGCCGAUCUGCUCAGUUGCUGUGGGCUGCAAGUCUGUGUGUCUUGUCACCAAAAACUAGCCUCAUUGCUGGGCAAGAUUUUGUCCGAUGGCCUGGAUAUAUCUUUGAGGAAUGGAUUUGUGAUACAGAUAAUGAACCACUGUUGCCAGUUGCUAACCCUCUGGCAUCUAUUAAGCAGGCUCCUAAUGCUGGUGCAGAUGAUUAUACCCUUAUGUGUGAAUUUGAAAUUGCUCCAAUAAACUCCAGUCUUCAGGCAAACAUUAUGUGGCUGAUAAAUGACAUGGUAGUAGACGAGUCUACAGUCUGGACCAUUGUCUUGUGGGAUAAGGCUGUGUGA